AUGGUGAAGAAAAAUGAAAACCUUUAAUAGGAUGAUCAUCACGAAAGAUUCCAAUAAAUAAAACCAGAGUUCAAUGUUUUUAAUCGUAAGAAGUAAAGGAAGGAAAAAAAGAUGAUAAAAAAAUAGAAACAUAUGUAAAUUAAUUAAUAGAGAAAUUGGAAAAACUAGGGUGUUUAAAUUACUAGCUAAAAUUAGCCCAAAGAAAUUGAAUAGAAAUAAACUUAGGAAAUUAAAAAUUAACAAGCCCCUAAUCAACAAAAAUAAUAAUAAUAAUAAAAAUUAGUAAAAUAGAAGCCAAAUUCUAAUAACAAGGAAUUAGAUGAAAAGAGGAAAUAAUAAUUAUAAAGAGAAAUAGAGUAGGAAGAGAAGGAAAUAGAAAGAUUAACUAAAAAAUUAAAAUUGAAAUAGAAUAGAUUACCAAAAGCAUAAAUUAUGGAAGAUGGAUUGGAAGAGGACUUAUUUGAUUUUUUAGAUCAUAUAGAUUAAAGUAUUAAAUAGAAGGAUCUGCCUAAAACCUAUUCAGCUUUUUAAAAAAACAAUGAAAGUGAGGAGAAUGAAGAGAAUGAAGAUUAAAGUGCUGAAUAAAAUUCAGAAGAACAAUCUGAUGAUUAAGAUUAGGAUGAAUCAUAAGAAGAUGAAAUGGAAGAAGAAAUAGAAGAGGAAAUGGAUGAGGAAGUGGAUCAAGAAGAUGAAUAAAAUAGAGAAGAUGAUGAAAAUGAAGAAUAGAAUGAGGAUGAUGAUGAAGACGAUAUGAUUGAAGAUUAAGAAAAUUUAGAUGAUGAUGAUGAUGAUGAUGAUAUUGAUGAUGAUGAAAUUUAACCAGAUGAGGAGGAAAUUGAGAAUGAAGAAGAUUAAUAGUCAGAUGAAAGUGAACCUGAAUAACAAGAGAAAAAUUAAACCUUACAAAAAAAGGUUUAAUAACAAAAAGAAUAACCUGUUCAUGAACAAAAGACAAACAAAGUUUAGAAGGAAUAAUUAGAAAAAGAAAUCUAACAACGUUAGGAAGUUUAAUAUGAUGAGACCUAACUCAUGGAAGUUCGAAAGCUUUUGAAUAGAAACUUAAAUAAAAUUUCAGAAGCAAAUAUUAACAACAUUGUAGAUGAAAUUGAUAAGAUCUUUAAUUAACAUCCUAAGUAGGUAGUUGGAAUGGUGUUUGGUUAAUAAAUUGUUUAAUCAACAAUAAAACCUAUUGAAAUAUUACCUUACUUAUUGAGUUGUAUUAUAGCAUCAUCUAGUUAUUUUCAUUAGAUAUAUGACAAUCUAUUUUUUGGUGAGUUAAUUAAAUAACUUAUUCUUAAAUUAAGGUCUAAUCCUGCUAGCCAUGAGGUUAAAAAUAUAGCAUUAAUAUUAUGUCAUUGGUAUUUAUUUGAAUCAAUAUCAUUGCAAUUCAUUAAGGAAUUCAUUAAAUAUUUAUUGAAAAGUUAAACAGCAGACAAUGUUGAAAAUUUAUUAAUAAUUAUCUAAUAUUGUGGAAAGAAGAUUCGAUAAGAUAAUCCUGCAAUUUUGAAAUUGAUUAUCGAAGAUAUAAAGCAGGCUUUUUCAACAGCAAGCGAAUCUAGAACUAAAUUUUUACUUAUGACUUUAGAUGAUUUAAGAUUGAAUAAAAAAAUAGCAAGUUAAUCUGAAAGAUUAGAGUUUAUAUUAAAUUGGCACAAAUAAAGAACAUAAAAAUUAAUUCAUAGAAUAUUUUGUUAAGGUUUUGAUUUUAGUUAUGAAUCUCAAUUCCUGAGUAAUAAUUGGUGGAAGCCUAUAGUCACUAAUGAGGAGUAGAGUUAAUUAUUUGAAGAAUUUAAAUAGUAAAAAAGGAAUGUAAAGUUGGAAAAGUUGGAGCAAUUAGCUAUUGAUUAAAAGAUGGUAACUGAGACUCGUAAAACCGCAUUUGUCGUAAUUAUGGGAGCAGAUGAUUUGUUUGAGGCUGCUUAAAAUUUAGAUAAAUUAGGUUAUUUAAAAAAGAAAAAACAAGAUGUAUGUUUAGUAAUUGUGGAGAUGUGUGGUAAUGAAAAAACAUAUAAUCCUUAUUAUUAAGAAUUGGCUCAUUAUUUAAUCAAUUUAGAGAGGGGAAUGAAAUAAGCAUUCCAAUAUAUGUUGUGGGACAAAUUCAAAUUAUUAGAAAGCUACAGUAUAAGAAAAUUAAUAAAUAUUGCUAAGUUUUGUUCGAAUUUGUUAAAGAAGGAGAGUCUUAAUUUAUUAUUAUUAAAAUGGUUUAACUAUGAUGAAUUAUUGGAAAUUUAAGCACAAUUUUUAUGUAUCGUAAUCCAGAACUUUUUAUAAAACAUCUCCAUAGAUAUUAUGGCGAAGCAGAGCAAAAAUCUUUUUGAAAAUGCAGAUUAUUUACCUUUCAGAAAUGGUCUUUAGAUGUUUUUAAAAAAUAGAUUCAAAAGUUAUAUUGAUAGUUAAGAUGAUUAAUUGAAAUUCAGUUAAUUGAAGAAGGACCUCAGAAUAAUGAUUAAGUUAUUAGAUGAAGAUGUAAUUAAUAAUGAUGCUUGA